AUCCAUCCGCACAUUUAAUGAGUUUGCUGCUGAAUCUUCUGCUAAAUGUGAGCAGGGAAGGGAAAUUUCAUUUCGGUCCACUGAUAACAGCAAACAGAUAACAGCCUCUCGUCGCAGCUGGACUCCAAAGCCACCUCGGAUGCUUUUUCUAAAAACAACCGCUGGUCUGCUCUCAGGAAGUACUGUAUGAAUAUUAAUAUGGAUGCAAACACACGGUGAGGAUGCCCAGCGCGUGAACCAGCACGGCGCGCUGAUAUCUGCGCAUUUUCUGUUGACGUUUUUUUUUUUUUUUCUUUCCCUCCUCUUCAUGUCUGAACUGAAAGCAUGUUUCCUUUGCGGAGGUCGUCUCGGAGGCUUUCUUAAAACAGUCGAGGAUGGCGUUUCACCUGAGUCUUUGCGGAGGAGCAUUUUGUAACGUCGCAUUGAAUUGCAUCAAGGUUUUCCAUCAGCUCUCACACCGGCCGGGCUACACCGAGCCUCGGUAGUACAGUGCGCUGUUUAUCAAAAAAACAUGGAAGACCUUUCACGUCAAGAAAAGGCGUCAUCCCGGUGAUAUACGCCUGAAUAACUGAUUUUUCUUUUCCACGUCAAUUGACACAUCUGGGAAAGCAUUUUUGCCCCUUCCCUCCAGUCUACCAAGACAGCUGUGUCAUCAACAACCGGCGUGGUGUUGUUGUUGUUGUCUGAUUUUUACGAGUCUGGGCAACUGGAUAUCGGCACAGUCUGCCUCUGCGCCAGCCAUAGGCUGCCCGGUUUCUAAGGUGAGUUGGAGGAGGCUGCCUGUGACAUACGUACCCUUCUCCCGAGUCUUCUUCUAUACCAUGAGCUCUGGCUCUGCCCAGGAUGUGGCAGUCGAGCAUUUCCUGCGUGACAUAGAGAGGCGAAGCAAGCGGCUACACUGUGCUGUGAUAGGCUGCGAGGAGGAGCGACCCCGCAGCGACAUGAACCUACUGUAUCGCAAGAGUCGUUUGGACUGGAGGCAGAGGGACCAAGAGGGAACUAAAAAGAGCUCCACCCAAAACGACCCGUCAGCCACUGUUGGCAAAGUUAGAGACUUGGCUUCUUUCCGCCGGCACUUUCGGAUGGGUUUCAUGACCAUGCCGGCCUCCCAGGACCUGUCCCCUCACUCUUGUGCCUCCGCCAUGGCGCCACGCUCGCAGUCCUGCCAUGCUGUUGGUGCCGGGGAUACGAGUCUGGAGAAUGGAGAUUAUUCUGACACCCAGUCCCAACAUGGUGGCCGCUGCCCCCCGGCAAAACCCAAACGUCACCCCAGCACUCGCCUCAGCUCCUCAUCCGCUGACAGCAGAGGACUUCCCGAGACGCCGCCUCCUCCAUCCACUCACUCACAGUCCAAACACUCAGAGAAGAAAAACACCAUGAAGAAGUCUGAUUCUGGAGAGAUUGGAGCAAAGAAGGUGCCUCCUCUAAAGCCCAAGAGAAGUCCCAGCACCCAGCUAUCAUUUGACCCUCUUCCUCCACGUGUGCCUCCUCCUGCCACAUCAUUGCCUUUCCAGGCAGCGGACUCUCAGAUUCAGACAGGAGAUGCGGAGGAUGAGCCAGUCUAUAUAGAGAUGGUGGGCCAAGUGUUCACUAGAGACAGCCAGACGGCUACCCCACACCCUGUCACCCCUGUGGCCACCACGCCUGAUUCUGACUCAGACCAGAGUGAGGCCAUUUAUGAGGAAAUGAAAUACCCACUGCAAGAGGACAGAGAGUCCCAGAGACACCUUCCUCCAAAACACGAGAAACUGAGAAACUCUAAACACUUUCAUGUCACCCCAUCUUCUGCCAGCAGCUCCUCCUCUCUGCCACGCCCCUCCUCUUCUUCUCCUUCCUAUUCCAAACCGAAAGCCACCGUGUCCAUCUCCCAUUCGUCUCCUCUGCCUUCCUCUGCAUCCUCCACCCCUGUGCCCCAAGUUCUCUCUGCCAGUCCACACACUCCACGUGCUCCUACUCCCUAUCUGCUACAAGGCAGCAAAUCUGAGCCCGACUCCAACACGAAGAUCCCAGCCCCUUUCCCCAACCUUCUACAGCACCGGCCUCCACUGCUUGCUUUCCCUCAGCCAGCAGCAGCCUCCAGCGGGGUGGGGGUGCAAAACAAGGCGUCUGCAUCUGCUAAAAUGGGAACUCAAACAUCCAGUGCGACAACUCAAGUCAGCACCUCCUCCUCAACUUCUUCUAAUGCUCUUGCGUCCCUGUCAGGCUCCAAGGAGUCAUCAGGAGGAAGCAUAGCCCAGCAGGACAAACACAGCAGAGAGGCCCAGUUAUGCCCUGCACCUGGACUGAGAGCCAGGAGCCACUCUACACCUCUGCCUCCCUCCUCCAAGUCCACCUCUCCUUUCUCUCAUCACCACCACCACCCUCACCAUCGCCCCUCGCACUACCAUCACUAUCGUAAGCCAGAGAGAGGAGACUCUCCUGUUCCAAACAAGAGCAGUUCACAGACCUCCACCGUCCAAACCCAAACCUCAAGUACAGGCAGGGAAGGCAAGUCAGUUAGCUUCCUCUUGAAGUCUGAUAAAGGAGAGAGGGACAAGGAUAGGGACAGAGACAGAGACAAGGAUAGGGACAAGGACAGGGACAGGGAGCGAGAUAGGGAGAGGGGUAGAGACAGAGAUAGGGAGAGAGACAAAGAGAAAGACAAAGACAAGGAAAGAGAUAGAGACAGGGACAGUGACAGACACAAGGAUAAGGACAGGGAAAGAGAAAGAGAUCGGGACAGGGAUGGAGGGCCACACUCCUUACAGAUGGAUCAUGGUCACUCCACAAGCAGCCAAACGUCUCAAACCAGCACCAGCUCAACACCUACACCAUUAUCCUCAUCACAGCGUCCUCAUUCUCGCCCCCAUCUUCGCUCACACACUCCUCACGGCCUGCCAGCAUAUAAGCCUCCCUCCUCGGACAGCCCCUUGCUGUGGACCUACCCCUCCGGUGGCUUCCGGAGGCCGCCGGCUUACGAGAGCCUGAGAGGAAGCUCUCAGACACCGUCUCUGCAACAGCCCUCCAGUCUCACUGGUGUAGGUGAGGGGGCAUCCAAGAGUAACGGAGGGUCUGUCUCCCUCCAGUCAAAAGUUGGCUUCAUGCCCUGGGACAGCAGUGCCAGCUUAGCUGCAGAUGAGGGAUCUUACUGGCCUAUGCAGAGGAAAUUGUCCUUCAGCCAUGGGAGCAGAGAGACAGAGAAGGAUGAAGGGCGUGCAUGGAAUGGCAGUGCUGAUGCCCUGUUAAGGAUGGAUAAGGAGGACACUGGCAUGGGGUCACGAGGAGGCCACUCAGGCAUCCCGGUCCACUUCAGUGGUGCCACUAGCAGGGCCCACAGUGAGUCCCUGGCUGGCAUGGAUAGCAGUCCGGGUUUCAGAGCCCUGCCCAGAGUUGGUCUGCCUCUUCCCUGCCAGACUUUUCCUGCCUGUCGCAAUGGAGAAGUGGGGCGGCUGGGCCGCUCCUCCUCUGCUGCUGGUGUGAGACAGGUGGGUGGAGGAGAUGUCCAGAGACAGAGCAGCCUACCAGCAAGAGAAGCCCUGAAUCAGCUGCAUGGUCUGGCCCAGUCUCAAGUGCCCUGCAGUCCCAGCAGUCCAAGUGUGUCCCGGCAGCAGCAGCAGCUUCAGCUCCACCAGCAGCAGCUACAGUUAAAGCAGCAGCUUCAACAGCUUCAGCAACAGCACCAUCUGCAGUUGCAAUUCCAGCAGCUCGCCCAGCUGGCACAGGGACAGCCUCCUGUCAGCGGGGGCACCACCCCAUCCGCAACGCAGACCCAGAGAGACGGCAAGCUGCUGGAAGUCAUCGAGCGUAAACGCUGCCUGUGCAAAGAGAUCAAGGCCCACAGGCGCCCUGACAAAAGCCUGUGCAAGCAGGACAGCAUGCCCAUCCUCCCUAGCUGGAGACGGACACCUGAGCCUCGUAAGACUGGCACGCCACCCUGCCAGAGGCCACAGGCCGUCGUGUGGGACACGGCUAUCUGAGGUGGAAAGACAGGCCGGCAAGUACAACACAGAAGACAGACUAAUUACACAGAGGAGUUGGAGAUGCUUGGACAAUUAAUAAGAGAUGGCAGUAAAAUGGGUUUAGUGGAGAGAAAUUUGCUCUUAUUGUGUGAUGAACAGAUCUGAGAGCAGCAAGGAAAGUUGCUGGAGACUUUGUACUUGUUUGGGGUGCGUGGGGACAAAAAAGCUUGAAGCAAGAGGUGAAGAAAAUAAAGUGUUACAAUCAGACAAAAUGAAUCUCUUACCCAUGUGACUUGUACUUGCUCUGUACUAUGUCCUUUUUGAUGUGUUCUAAUUGCCAAUGAUUUUUUGCCACAAAACACCAGUAUUACUGCUACAAAAUGAAGACACCAACUUAACAAUAAUAGGUUUUCUGAGAUUGGUGUUGCCAAAUUUCUUCCUGACUACUUGAGACAUAAAGGAAAUAUGUAUUUUCUCCAACACACAGUUGUCCAACAUGCAUAGAAACUACUCUGUGGGUGAGAAAAGGCAAGACUCAUUGAUAAGUUAUUGAAGUGUUUCUUGAAAUCGUGAAUGCAUAUGAGAUGUCUUGGUAUCAAUAGAUUGUCAUUGUGGAUGCAAAUUAUCAUCACUGCAGAGUGAAAGCUACCUACUGUAUCUGUUUGCAUAUUUGUAAUGUAAAUCUAUUUACUUUCUCAACGUUUCUGCAAUUUUAUAGCAAUAUGCUCCCGAUUCUGGAGCAACAUAAUUAAAACUUGUGUCAACUAGCCUAACAUACAUAUCUAAGACUUGAAUAAGUCAUAUUUACUGUGUCAUUCUCUGCAUGUCACAAUAGACAUACAGUGUUGUAAAAGAAUACGUGUAGAGAUGAUCAUGUCUGACUUUUAUAUCCAGCAGAUCUUCACUAUAACAUGUGGUCAUUUAAAAAGAUGAAUAUAUUGCUUGGGGUAUUGUUAGAAACGGUGGUGUGACAGAUAGCACAUGCUGUGCAGUCCAGCCUAAUACAGAUACAGAUCAAUGGUACAAAAACUUCAUCGCUCAUGCUUAUCCACAGUUGCACAUGUAGUGAUUGUUCCAUCACACAGAAAAACAAGCACUGACACCCAUCAACACAGACUGUACAAUAUGGUGCAACUGAUAAGACUGUGAGUAUUGAUCACCUCAAACAGAAUGCUGGAACAAUCUGCACAAAACAUGGUAUUCGCUUAGGAGAAAUUUAACCCUAAUGUACUGUAAAUAGAUAUGUACAACUGUAUUGAAAAAUGUAGCAAUUAUUUCCAUUUUCAUACUUGUAAUCAAUACAUAUUAUGUAGCAUAUACUGUAUAAACAUAACUUUGUUCACUUGUUUUUUCUAAAAGAAUUAAGUACUUUAUCUGCUGCAGCCAGUCCAUGCAUUACUUAUAGUUCUACUAAUAAAAUAGUAAGCCCUCUGGAGAAAGGCACAGCCCAACAGUUGUUUAUUUAAAUUUAUGCAAAACUCCCUUUAAGCUGUGUUAUUGUUUUAUUUAUGCCUUUUUUUCUACAUUCAUUUUUAUUUGUGUACAGAUUUCAACAGCUCGCUGUCUUGACAUUUUGAAUACUUUGCUGCUAUCUUGAACUACUGGUGUUGUUCAUUCAACUACAUGGUGUUACCAUGAGAAACAUUAUCAAUAUAGUGGUUAUUGUUGCAUAUUUGUUUUAUUUCUGAAAGACACGUGAAAUGAAGUUUGUACCUUGAAGAGUGAGCCCUUCUGUAAUAGUAUUAAGGCACUUGAAUGUCUCUUGGUUGUUGUUGUUUUAUGAUAGUUAGCACCAAGCUGUACAGUACAGUACACCCAGUGAAAAGAAGACCUAUACCUAAAUGUUGGAGAGCCACUGCUUGGCCUUUUGUUUUAGUUCCACCCGCUCGUGUUUGAUGGUCGAGGUUUUUUCCGAGCUUACUGAGUCCAUUUUCAAACAAACACAGAUCAGGGUGAAGGAAAUGGGCAAGUGCAAUGCAUGCAGAGAUUCCUUACACUGAAAAUGUUCUAACGAUACUGACUAUUGUGCCCAAUUGAAUUUCAGAGACCAAGUAAUCUACUUACUAAGAUUCCUUUUCACAGACUGAUAUGGAACCCUAGAUAUCAUUUCCAAAAUAGUUUACAGAAGCUGUUGGUUUUGUGUGUCUUCUAAAACAGUGGCCAUUAUAUGAGUGCCAUACUAUAUUGAUAUGGUAAGAUACGGUGUACCUUGGAAAUCACUGUAGUGCUAUAUUUGCAUUGAUAUUGUCAUUAAAAAUAAAUUUUAUAUAAUGAACUUUACACAAGAA